GAGAUAAGAGCUGACAGCUGGAGAGAGGGGCCUGUCUAUUUUUGGGUUUGUCGGCCCUGAGCACCACAUUCCGUGCUCCUCCCCGGCUCGGAAGGCACACUUUUCAACCUCCUCGCCGCUUCUCUCUGCUUCUAGUCUUUCUUCGUGUUUCCCAGGCCCAGAAACUUCCAGAAGAGCAACCGGUGAAGUACUUCAGCUGAAGCGGACUGCAUGCGCUUUCACUUACUGAGAGGAAAAGAAACCUGCCAGGUCCUGUUAGUCCAAGCCAGCUAAUUUGAGAGCGGCUCAGUGUGAUCAUGGCUCUCCUCUGUUACAACAAAGGCUGUGGAGAAAGAUACAACCAAGAGGAGAACUCUGAUGAUGCCUGCCUCUAUCACUCGGGGUACCCCAUAUUCCACGAUGCCUUGAAGGGCUGGUCAUGCUGUAGAAAAAAGACGACUGACUUCUCUGAGUUCCUGUCUAUAAAGGGCUGCACUCGGGGUCGCCAUAGCAACGAGAAGCCCACCGAGCCCAUGCGGCCGCAGGUCAGCUCCGACAAGGCUGGCAGUGAGCGCCCCCCUGUGGACACCGAGAUCAUCUUCAGCGGUCCCAAGUCAGCGGAGAAGCUGCAGAGGGAGAGGCCCAGUUCUGAGGAGCCCAAGACCAAGCUGCCCGUCACAGUGUCCCAGUCUCUCAAACAGGCUCUGGAGAAACUGCGGGCAUCCGAGACAAACGAAGCUGCCCAGAAAGACAGUAAUGUGGUGAUCCCUGGAACCAGGUGCAAGAACUCGGGCUGCAAGACGUCUUACGGUGGUCCAGAGACAAACGCUGAGGCCUGUAUCCAUCACCCUGGGGCCCCUGUCUUCCAUGAAGGGUAUAAAUACUGGAGCUGCUGCUGUAUAAAAACCACUGACUUCAACGCCUUCCUGGAUCAGAAGGGCUGCACCACAGGCAAACACACCUGGGUCCAGAAAAAAAACAAGAAGAUGGUGGCGUGCCGGCAUGAUUGGCACCAGACGGGCAGCCAGGUGGUGAUCACAGUGUAUGCCAAGAACGCAGUGCAGGAGCAGUCCUACAUCGAGGCCAACCGCACCACGCUGACCAUCCACAUCCAGUUUGACGGGGACAAAGAGUUUCACCAGGAACUCCAUCUCUGGGGGGUGAUCAGCGUGGAGCGGAGCGCUGUGAAAAUGGUGCCCUCCAAGGUGGAGCUGACCCUGGUCAAGGCGGACGCCGUGUCCUGGGGCAAGCUGGAGGACCCGCGGGCGCGGACCGAGCAAGCGAGCGAGAGCGUGGAGGAGAGCGGGCCCAGCGAGGAGGCCAGGCCUGUCUGGGACGACUCCGAUGACGAUAUCAGUAUCAGCGACUCUGACGAGGAGUACACGAAAUAGCACCCCUGCUUUCUUUGUAUUUAUAUAUCCCUCAUUUCCUUUGACCUCCUCACCAUGUAUCCCGGCUUCACUCUCUCCUAUCUCCCAUUACCUCCCUUUCUCCCAUUAACCUUGUUGGAAAUUCCAGCAAAGACCAGUACUGGUUUCAUGCCAGUUAGCUGUGCUGGUUUGCAACUGGCUCUGCUGUUUCUAAAGAUAAUGCUGAUUAAAGAGCAGGCUUUGCUGGUUUAAAAAAAAUAAUAAAAAAUCCUAUACUAAUCCACACCCUUAACUAAAUAUACUGUAGUUGCUAGAAAUAUCUUUUCCUACCCCAUUUCUAUACUGUCCAGCAAUACCAUUAAAAGUGUCAUUAUUAUUAACACAGUAACCUCAACAGCACAACUACAUGACUAAUUAAUGACGUCAACACACAUUCUAAUACUGUGUGUCAGUAGUGAAGGAUCUAUUUACUGUUGUGCUGCUGUGAGUCUGAAUGUCUGAUUGGCUCGGCAAUGUCCACAUUGUAUUGCAUACGUCUGUUACACUGGAAUCCUAAUAAAAUAUGUGUUGACUAGAA